AUGGCCGAUACCAAGGAAUUGGACCUGCUCUUGGCCGAUACCGACGCACCGAGGCUUGCGAGGAGCACCCGCUUCAAGCCCGUCAAUGGCUCCUGGGGGGACCUCAGCGAUGACGACGAGGAUGACGAGGAGGAAGACCCGGUGUAUCUCCCUUCGAACGACCCAGAUGCCGAUCCAUCUCACCACACUCUUGUCGUGCGAAGAAGGAUUUUACCGAUUGCCGUGGAGAUUCCAGCUACGAACGCCGCCGAGUCCCCAGGGGAUCGCAAGAAAAAGACGAAGAGCAACAAACGCCGCAGGGCAGAAGCACUUGACGACGAGCAAACUCAACUGUCCGACACUAUGCAAAUUGAGUCACCCGGGAAGCCUGCCCAUUCCCCAUUGGAGGGUGACGCGUCGCCGCAGACCCCCCGUGCGAAGAAAAAGAAGAGGAAGACGUCACAUACUCAGGCAGCAUUGGAUUCCCCGUCGCCUAAUAAGCAAACAACUCCUGUACAGGCAACAGCCUCGCCAGAAGUCAAUGGAACUGCGUCACAGGGACUCAACCAGAAAAAGCGGAAGCGUCCCCACAUCCCCGCCUCUCCCUCGAAAGGGUCACGCAGCAUGGAAUCGCCAAAGAAACUCCUGCGGGUAGUGGCGAAUGGGAACGGUCCGAAAGCAACCUCCUCAGACAGCGAUGAUGAGGAGGAAAUAGACGAUUUGUUCGACGAUCUCGUAAAGCAGCGUGCUGCCAACAAGGCGACGCAGCUCGCUCAACGGCAAAAGGAACAGCAGGCCAAGCCAUCGCCUAAGAAGAACGGAAAGACAAAGAAGCACCAGGGUUUGCCCGCGCGAUAUACGGAUGAUGGACUUCGCAUCUUGUCUUACGAUGACAUCGCGGCCGAUCAGCCUAAGGGGUUGAACGGGGCGUGCCCGUUUGAAUGCUCGUGCUGCUAUUAG